GCGCUCAUGUGUGAAGUCUGACGGUUACUUGUAGAUGUUGUUGUCAUCUUCCCUCUGCGCAUCCCUAUUCCUAUGCUACUGACGAAUCAUGCUGUAAAUCUCCUGGUGAACCGCAAGGUCGUCCCUCCUAGAACACGUGGCCCGAAGAGAUACCACAUCUACCUCAACUUCAUCACUGUCCCUCUGUUCUGCGUGCUCAUCUUGCUUGCCUGCAAGGCCAUCGAUGGGAUCGUCCUGAAACGUGGCAUAAUCGGCGCAGACGGUGUCAAGCCUAUCAAUAUCAUGGCUCUCUUCAUCUCUCUCGUAAGCUCCAGCGUAAACGCGAACUAGAGUCCUGUUCACCACCUUGAAUAUGGUAGGCUUAUAUGGCGAUCUCACUAGAUUUUACCGGUCUCUUGCGAUUCUCAGCCUUUUGGGUGGCCCGCAAAGGGGGCUCUUCCGGAAAGCGAUUAUACUUAUAUUUCUACCUAUUCUUCCUAGUCUGCGGUGUCAUCGUUGGUAACGUAAGCACAU